AUGUCAAUUUUCAGCAAAUUAAAAACGAAAACAAAGAAAUUAAUUCCAGUUCUUGUCCAAACGAUGGACGCACAGCUGGAAUUUGAAAUUGACAAGAAUGCAAUGGGAAGAGAUCUCUUUGAUCUGGUCACAAGAACGAUAGGCCUAAGAGAGGUUUGGUAUUUCGGCCUUCAGUUUGUCGAUUCCAAGGGCUUCAUCAGCUGGUUGAAGAUGGACAAAAAGAUAUGUGAUCAGGACAUUGCCUGGAGCAAGAUUGCCGAAGAUAGCCGGAAGAAGGUCGCCUACGAUGCAGUAAUGUCUUUUCUCUUUUUGGCCAAAUUUUUCCCCGAAGACGUUGCCGAAGAGCUGAUACAAGAAGUGACGCAGCAUCUCUUCUUUCUACAAGUCAAACAGUCUAUUCUCAACAUGGACAUAUUUUGUCCUCCAGAAGCUAGUGUUUUACUUGCAAGCUAUGCCGUACAGGCCAAAUACGGUGACUGCACCGAAGUAUACCAAAGGUUAGGGAAACUUGACGUUGAAGAGUUGCUACCUCAGCGUGUCAUUGAUCAGUACCAAAUGACUCCUCAAAUGUGGGAGGAGAAGAUCCGCAUCUGGUAUGAAGACCAUAAAGGCAUGAGUCGAGAUGAAGCAGAAAUGGAGUACCUCAAAAUUGCUCAGGAUCUUGAAAUGUACGGCGUCAACUACUUUUUAAUUAGCAACAAGAGAAAUAGUGAUUUGUGGCUUGGAGUGACUGCAAUAGGGCUAAACAUUUACGAAAGCAACAACAAGCUCAGUCCCCAGAUUACUUUUCCAUGGAGUGAAAUCGGCUCUGUUAGGACUGUCGAUAAAAAGUUCACCAUAAAGCCCAUUGACAAGACAAACACGCCCAAUUUUCACCUGUACUCUUCCAAAGCGCGUCUAAAUAAGCUCAUUUUAGAUUUGUGCAUUGGAAAUCAUGACUUGUUCAUGCGUCGUCGGAAGCCCGACUCGAUUGAACUGCAACAGAUGAAAGCACAAGCAAGAGAAGAGAAAGCUCGACGACAACUUGAACGGGCUCGGCUGUUACGAGAGAAAGAGCUUCGGGAGGAUGCAGAAAAAGAGCGAACAGCAUUGGAGCAAAAGUUAAUGCGGAUCCAGGAGGAGGCACACGUCACACAGGAAGCUCUGCGUCGAAAUGAAGAAACGACAGAGCUGCUUGCAGAAAAGGCCCGUCUGGCUGAAGAGGAGGCAAUGCUGCUCUCACAAAAGGCAGCUGAAGCUGAAGCAGAGAUACAACGGGUGAAAAUAAGUGCCAUCAAAACGGAAGAGGAGAAACACGUAAUAGCCAGAAAGGCCGAGGAAGCCGAACUACUUGCCACAACCCUAGUCGAAGAAAGUGAUCGCCAAGCCAAAGAAGCCGACCAGCUUCGAGACGAGCUUUACAAGGCCAAAGUGUCGGAGCAGCAAGCCAAAGAUAAGCUGAUCAUUGUGCUGAAGAGCUUACAUCACGGCAGUGCCACACACCUGCCCCCAGCUCCUACGCCGCCAACAAAUCCUGCUGAUCAUACUGCCUCAGACGAGUAUUCGCAUGAUUUCGUCAACUCGUUCUCCGACACUGAUCUGGAGAAACUUCAGUUUGAAGUGGAGAAGGAGCGCAUUGAGUACCUGCAAAAGUCCAAGCAUUUACAGGAGCAGCUCAAAGAACUAAAGUCGGAAAUACAAGUAUUAAAGGUGGCGGAAAACAUGACCGAUCUCGAUCGAAUUCACGAGGAGAAUGUAGAUAAGGGCGAAACUAAGUACUCCACACUGAAGAGGACAAAGUCGGGCACUACCAAGGCGCGCGUCGCCUUCUUUGAGGACCUCUGA